AUGUCUAUGCAAGAAAAUUUACAUCUCCGCCUCCCGGAGUGUAAACUACAAAACUUCGCGGUGCAAAUAUGCAUCUCCACCCACAGGAGAUGUAUAUUCGCCAGCCGCGCGCCAACCGCCAACCGUCGUUUCCUUUCGCCCCCUCUUCUUCCUACCACCUCCCACCUCCCGCCGCACCGCCAUCGCUGCGUGCCUGCCCACCACGCACGCCGCAACCGCCUAGUGCCAGAUCUGGCCCCGCCAUUGCCCUCGGUGCCGGUUCCGACCUCCUCCACCGUCGGCUGUCGCUCGCCGCCGCAAAUAAGCGGUUUUUUCUUCUCUUCUCCCCGCCGCCGAUUCGACCCCGACGCCGCCCGAUUCGCCCCCCGGUCCUUCGUUGGCCCCAAUUCGUCGCUGCCACACGCCGUGUUUCCGCCGCUCCCGAUGCCGUCGCCGACCUCGUGCUACCCGAUUCGACCCCACCGCCUCCCCGCGGCACCGCCUCGUUGCCGCACUGCCCCGCCCCGUCGCCGCAACCUCCGCCGCACCAUCCCGUCACCGCAACCUCCGCCGCCCCGCCCUGACUCGUCGCCGCACGGCCCCGCCCCGCCGAGGAAGGCCCUGAAGAGCAAGACAGGUUUCUUCGGCGUGUGGGCGAAGCCCUCCGGCAACUUCAAGGUGGAGUUCAGUGACACCGGCCGUCGCUUUUGGCUCGGCACCUACCCCACCGUCCACGAGGCCGCGCUUGCCUACGACGUGGCGGUGUGGCGUGUCGGGAGGCCGAGGAACGACCUUAACUUCCCGGAGAUCGAGACCCAGGCGGAUGCGGAGUUGCUCGUGCCGGGGGGCAUUCGCAUGGUGGAGAUCACAGCGAAGAAGACGAAGAAGAGGCCCACCAUUGACAUUAGGUCGGCGAUAGCGACGAGGCGGUGA